AAAAUGCAAUUAAAAAAAAAAAACCUCUGUAAAAUGCUGUAGACUGUGUACGGUAUACAGACUGAAGAAAAGCUCCCAACCUCAACAAAAUCGGCGGAAUGUCGACAUGGCAAAUAUUUUCCGACGCCGGCAAGGAUUUUCGGUGGGAGGUUUCUGGUCGGAUUACCAGUUCCAAACUCGACAAUGAUCGGAACAUCGCCGCCAGUCCACCUCUUCCCUCCAUGGUUGAUCUCUUGGUUCAAGGACUUCCGAAGCUUCUGGAGAACGGAAGUGGAAGAGACGGGGAAGCUCCGAUGUUUACGACCGGAUUAGGGAAAUCGAUGGUGCUGAAAGAAUCUUCGAUUGCUAAAGCAUUUUCUGUUCUUGGCGAUGAAAUUGAGGAUCGAACCUUCAUUCCCGAAGAAGUGUUUCCUAGAAGCAGUGGUUGCAGUCAAUCUAGCUCUCUAUUCCAAACAGGCUCGGGAAAAACAGUUAAUGUUUCUUCUGCUGGUCUGCUUAGAGCCAAGAAAUUGUUGGGAUUGGAAGAAGACAUUGAUCAUUGUAGUUUUCAAAGUUUCCAACAGCCAAGGAGAGUGUCUGAAAAUAAAGAGUCCUUUGGGUGGCAGAGUUUGACCAAUAUGGAGAACAAAGAGAGCAUACUAAAUAAUGGGAGUGUAGAAUCUAAAUCAGCUCCAACAUAUUCAAUAAACUUUAAGACUGGUUCUACAGGAAGUAAAUUGUACUAUGAGAAUGAUUCAACUGCAGUGCCCUCCAAAAUGUUUAAUUCAGCUUCCAAAUCACCUCCGAUUAUUAAAUUCCACACAGCUGGUGGAAGGUCACUAUCUGUCUCAAGUGAUGCAUUGAAACGUGCAAGGAGUCUUCUUGGUGACCCAGAGCUAGUGACUUCCUUUGAUGAAGCUGAUGUGAAUGAUUUAUCCUUUUCAUCUUCCAAGGAGAGAAGAUUCCACCAUACAUCAAGGAUUCAGACAGCUGGUGGAAGGUCAAUUUCUGUCUCAAGUGAUGCGUUGAAACGUGCAAGGAGUCUUCUUGGUGACCCAGAGCUGGUUACCAUCUUUGAUGAAGCUGAUGUGAAUGAUUUAUCCUUUUCAUCCUUUAAUGAGAGAAGAUUCUACAAUACAUCAAGGAACAAGGAAAAUGACUUGGCCAGCUUCUCUUCCCACCAAGGGGUAACAAAGAGUAAACAUACACCGGAUGGUUUCAUAUCCCCACUAAAAUCUUCUAAGCAAAUAAGGUCUUUAGUCAAUUCAGAAAACAUUUCAUCAGGGAGCAACCUGAUAAAAAAAUUUGAUGCAGUUGUAAAUGCAAGUGGUUGUGUCUUGACUGAUUCUAAGGAGAAGUCCUUAGGCAAUAAGCCUUCCAAGCCCAAUUUACUCAUGUCAAGUGGUACUGUUUCAAGGAUCAAUUCAGUUGGGAGGUCAUAUGGUGGACCACUGACUGAUAUUUCAAACAGCAUUCCCUCACCUGUGGCAAAUAAUAAACAAAUUAUGAAUGAAAAGAGAUUUGCAAGGACAAGUACUGUUUCUCCAUUUAAGAGACCUCGCACUUCCAAAUUCUUGACUCCAUUGAAGAGAAAUGUGCCCCUUGUUCUUAAUGGUUUGUCUCCCCUAUCAUCUGAAAGCUUGUGCUGCAAAAGAACAGUUUCCACUAGAUAUCCAUUUCGGGUAGAAAGAGUAUACAUAAAGGAAUACUUUGCAGUGCCUCCAUCAGGCUGUAGCUUGUUGGAAUCCAUGUCAGCUGAAGUAAAAGGAAUAAAUCCAGGGAAUGCAGAGAGAUACAUGUUUAGAGAUGAAUCUGGUGCAGAGUGCAUUGGAGCUGAAGCUAUUUGUGACAUGCUGGUCAGAUCUGGAGCUUUGAUGCAAUAUGUUUCUAAAGAGUGGGUCAGAAAUCACUAUAGAUGGAUAGUUUGGAAACUUGGCUGUUAUGAGCAAUGCUAUCCAGCCAAAUAUGCUGGAAAGUUUUUGACAGUCUCCUCUGUGCUUGAGGAGCUGAAGUACAGAUAUGAGAGAGAAAUAAACCAUGGGCACCAUUCUGCAAUUAAGAGAAUAAUAGAAGGUGAUACGCCACCUUCUACGAUGCUGGUGCUAUGCAUUUCAGCAAUUCACUCAUAUUAUGAGCCAAAGAUUGAGACUCCUUCUAUGGUAGCAAAUGGGGCUCAAAAUAGCAGUGGGGCAAAGGUUGAGCUAACAGAUGGAUGGUAUUCAAUGGGUGCUGUUUUGGAUGUAUUACUGUCCAAGCAGCUUGCUGCUGGAAAAUUGUUUGUAGGACAAAAACUUCGGAUAUGGGGAGCAAAAUUGUGUGGCUGGGUUGGGCCUGUUUCACCUCUUGAGGCAUCAAAGACCGUUAAUUUACUUUUGAACAUAAAUGGGACAUAUAGAGCUCAUUGGGCUGAUCGACUGGGAUUUUGUAUGACUGUUGGUGAUCCUCUGGCUUUUAAGUGCAUUAAGAGUGACGGUGGUCUUGUCCCUCGAACUUUAGUUGGAAUUACACGGAUAUAUCCUGUCCUCUACAAAGAGAGGUUACUUGUUGGGGGAUCAGUUGUUAGAUCAGAGAGGAUGGAGAGUAAAAUAAUGCAACUGUACCAUUCCAGGCGUCUGAUAGUUGCAGAGGGCAUUAUAUCUGAGUAUCAGAGAGGGACCAGUAAUCCUCAUAUCUGUAAUGAUAGUGAGGGUGAAGAAGGAGCAAAAAUCUUAAAAAUUCUUGAGUCAGCUGCCGAACCAGAAGUCAUAAUGGCAGAGAUGAGCCCAGAGCAGCUAAAUUCUUUUGCUGCCUAUAAAGCAAAACUGGAGGCAUCAAGGCAAUCUGAGAUGGAAAAAUCAAUUGAAAAAGCCCUGACAGAUGCUGGAUUAAGUGAGAGAGAAGUCACCCCAUUUAUGAGGGUGAGAGUUGUUGGAUUAACUUCUAGAAAUUGUGGAGGAAAGGGAAGACCUAAAGAAGGCAUAAUUACCAUCUGGAGUCCAACAGAGAAACAGAAAAAUGAGCUAGUUGAAGGACAAGCUUAUUCUGUUGAAGGUCUUGUACCACUACACUCAGAUUCCGAAAUCCUUUAUUUACAUGCAAGAGGAUCUACUACAAAAUGGAAGCCUUUGUCUCCUUUAGAGAUGGAGCACUUCGAGCCAUUUUUCAGCCCUCGCAAGUCAAUCUUGCUGUCAAAUUUAGGUGAAAUUCCUCUUUCCAGUGAAUUUGACAUUGCUGUACUUGUUGUGUAUGUGGGAGAGGUUUACAUGGCUGCUCAUCAAAAGAAGCAGUGGGUGUUUGUGACUGAUGAUUCCCUGUUUGAUUCGCAAUUAGAAGAUUUAUCAAAUUCUUUACUUGCCAUUAGCUUCUCCUCACCAUGCACGAAUGAUUCUUAUGAACCAAUCAACUCUAACCUAGUUGGAUCCACUGUAGGCUUUUGUAAUGUUAUCAAGAAAGCAAAGGAUCAAAUGAAUCAUCUCUGGGUUGCUGAAGCAACCGAGAAUUCCACAUAUUUUCUGGAUUUUAAGUCCCCAAUUUGUUCUCACCUCAGAAAUGCUGCUGUCUCUGUAGGAGCAUGGGCAAAGAUCUCUCCCAUGAUUAUUGACAAGCUGAGGGAGAAGGUUAUAUUUAUUCUUGGUAAUUGUAAAGCCUAGCUGAUGAAGGAGCUGAUUAGCAUUGAGCAGUAAGCACCUUUUAUUUCAUGUGCACCCUUAUUAUCAACAUCCUAGUAUGUGUCUCUUCUUAAAAGGCAAGUCUUAAUGGUGUAAUUAACACUGAGGAGAGGAAAGGGACUACAUCAGUCAUGCUUGCAGAAGUCAUGAGAACAAGAUGGAGCCAGCACAGCAGCUUGCUUUGAAAAUACUGCAUCAAUUUGGAUUUCUGCUCGAUCCGAUGCAGGUGGUAGAUAUGGGACCUUGAAAAGUUCAAACUAAAUUGCUGGGUGCUGGUGUGCUUUAGCCGAUUCUCUUUGCUACAAUUAUCUAAGAAUGUUUGUACCAUUAUCACUUCAUUUAUCUUUGUCUGUACAGAGUACCUAUUAGUAAAGUAGAAUCUCAUAUACAUUAACAUUGGAUCAUCCAUGUGAGCACAAACGUUAAGAUCAUGCAUUAACAUUGAAUCAUCCAUGUUAAACAUAUACAUUAAGGGCAUGCAUUAACAGUGGAUCAUCCAUAUAAAACACAUACACCAAG